GUAAAUAUGGAUUUAGAAUAGUAAUUAUAUUUUACUAACCAAAUACCGAAAAAACCGAACCGAACCGAAACCAACCCGAUAUUCGGAUUGAACAUCCGUAAUCCAAAUGAAGCCAAACUAUUGUUUCACUCUCCAAUAUAUAAUAAAAAUAAUAACUUAAUCCCGCGCAAGGCACGGGUCUUAUCCUAGUUGAAUAUGAAAACGGAGCAUUUUCAGUAUAUUGUAUUUUGUAAAACAAAUUUGCAUCAUGCUUUGUGAAUUUUGUUAGACUAAUUGACUGGAUAUGAUAAUUGAUCCGCUGACAUAAUUGUAGUUUAUUUAUAAAAGCUGUCAUCACUUGCAAAGAAGAAAAGUCUUGGGUGAAAAGAUACUUUUGUUCCUUUUUUUUUUUUUUUGAUAACUCUGGUAUCUGGGCAGCCACAUUCCCAACUAUCCCCAAAAGGGGUCCAGUGCCCCAACGGAAGGGAUGUUAAAUCCGUUGUGGCCAAGACUCGAACUCGGGUGGCGGACAGUACAGCUGUACCUCCUUUACCACUAAGCUACGAGCGCUUGGUUUACUUUUGUUCCUUUGUCGACCUAACGUGGAGACUUGUCAAUAUUUUGCAAUUGUAAACUUCUCACCUCCUUCGUAAGGAUGUCUUUGUUUCAUUUUAAAAAAAAAAAAAAUUCUACGAAGACGAAAUCAGGAAAAGAACAUAUAUUCGAAGUCUUCCACCUAACCAGAAGAGGAUCUGAGGUGGGUUUGAACUUUAAAGAUUUAGAUUAAUGGAUCCACAGACACAACAGAACGCCGCAGAAAACAGUCGUGAUCCCAUCCCGACAUCAGUCGUAGUAGACAUACAUAGCUUAACUUCAGAAGACACUGAUCCUAAGCUUCUGAGAGAAUCAGCUGGUUCAGAGUCAUGUUGCAUCUUGAGAAUCCCACACAGCCUCGUGCGGAUCAACCUCAAAGCAUACGAGCCCAAGAUUGUCUCCAUCGGUCCUUACCACCACGGAAAGGAACAUCUCAAAAUGGCCCAGCAGCAUAAACGCAGGUUCUUGAAGUUCUUGGUGGCUAAAAUGCAAGAGAAGGGAACUAAUCCUCAAGAAUUAGUCAACGCUGUAUCUACUUUGGAAGGAGAUAUAAGAGGUUCUUACUCAGAGGAUCUUGGUUUGGUAUCUGAAGAGUUGGUUGAGAUGAUGGUUCUUGAUGGUUGCUUUAUCCUCACGUUGUUCUUAGUAGUAUCUGGCAAAGUUGUUUACACUAAUCUCGAUGAUCCCAUUUUCAGAAUGCCAUGGAUCUUGCCGUCCAUUCGAGCCGAUCUUCUCCUUCUAGAGAACCAGGUUCCUUAUGUUCUUCUUCAAGCGCUAUUCGAAACAUCGAAUUUAGUUACUUCUAGCUGUUUAAACGAGCUAGCGUUUGAGUUCUUCGACUACUCAUUACAAAAACCAGAAACGUUUUGGGAAAAGCAUUAUAGUCUCGAAGCUAAACAUCUUCUUGACUUGAUACGCAAGACAUUUGUCCCUGUUACUUGUCAAAGAAGCAUCAAAGAAGCUAAUGGUUUUCUUGGAUUCGUUUUAUCAGCCAAGAAGCUUCACCUUAGAGGAAUCAAAUUCAAACCAAGGAUGAACACAGAUUCAAUCUUAGACAUAAGGUUUAGUAACGGUGUGCUUCAUAUUCCUCCAGUAGUCAUGGAUGAUUUCACUGCCACGGUGUUCUUAAACUGUGUAGCCUUUGAGCAGUUAUAUGCAGAUUCAUCAAACCACAUAACCAGCUACGUAGCGUUCAUGGCUUGUCUUAUAAACGAAGAGAGUGAUGCAGCGUUUCUUAGCGAGAGAAGGAUUCUUGAGAACUAUUUUGGAACAGAGGUAGAAGUGUCUAGGUUUUAUAUAAGCAUUGGCAAAGAUGUUGCUUUGGACUUAGAGAGGAGUUACUUAGCGAAGGUGUUUGAAGGGGUUAAUGAGUAUAGUUCCAAAGGGUUCCAUGUUCAUUGUGCAGAGUUUGUUCACACGCAUUUUGAUAGUCCAUGGACAUUUGCAUCAUCGUUUGCAGCUUUGUUGCUUCUUAUGUUUGCGGCUUUACAGGUUUUCUUUGCAGCUUAUAGUUAUUUCAAACCUCCAAAAGAUAAGUGAGAGGUAAUUGUAAUUUACUUGUUAUGACUCUUUUGAGUCUAAUAAAUCCUUUGUUGUUUUCUUUAAUAUUUUUAUCUUAAUAGAGAGAUGGUUGCAUUGGUAACAUACGAACAUGUAAUUAAAUACACAACAGUUAUCUCUCAAACACUUUUUCUUCAUUUUGCCGUGGCUUUUGCGACUUCACGAAAAUCAAAGGUCUUCACUUUGUUGAAAUCAUUAGUCACUGGUGAAGAAGAGACACCUACAUAAAAACCUUCAGACUCGUACUCUUCCAUGUUACUGCUACCUACACGUGAGCUACAUUUUAUAAGGUGGUACACAGGUUCCUUGCAUGUCUGGUUUUUUCUUCUCCACGCUGUUAUUUGCAUCUUUUUCUCCAACCUUUGUCAAACCUUCUGCUUUCAGGGGUUUAAUGUCUUCUUUCUUGAUGUGUUUCUUCAUGAAACAUAUGACUUUGAAACAAUAAAGACAUCCUAUAGACAUUAUCUUUAUGAAGAGUGAAGUGGUAGAUGAAUGAAAGUUGAAACUUUUGUUUCAAACAAUAUGCUUGCGUGCAUUGAAGAUAUUUAGAGAGGAAGAGACGUGUUUCUUUUUGUUUGCUGAUUUUGAUUAAGCGUUUUUCUUGACUUCUUGAGAGCUACCUUAAGUUGACUCCACGCAGCUUCCACUUACUCCACCAAUCACUUUCUAGGAAAUUGCCCCAGUAAAAAUGAAAAAUAAACUCAUAGCAUACAAGCGCAGGCAAAGGUAAUUAAAUGGGAUGUGAAGCAGACAGAGCUACAGUUAUUUCCAACCUUCAAAAGGAAAGUGAGAGAUGCUUGUAAUUUACUUAUUCUGAUUCUUGUGAGUCUAAAUUUUUUCUUCUUUUUGUUGUUUUCUUAAAAAGAUUUACCGCUACGUUCUGCUUUCAGGGCUUUGUCUUCUUUAUUGCUCUGCUUUUUCCUGAAACAUAUGAGUUUGAAACAACUAAGGGUAUCUCCAACCUCUCUCCAUUUUUUCUCCAAAAUGGAGUAAAAGUGAAAAUAGAGUAAGGAUUACUCCAACCCAACUCCAAAUCUCACUCCAUAAUAGAGUUUACUCCAUAAAUGAAGUAAUCUUUUUUUUUGUUUGAGUAAAAAAUGAAAUAGGGUUAAGAGUAUUUUUUUACUCAAUUUUUACUUUUACUCUAUUUUAGAAAAAAAAAUGGAGUAUUACAUUGGAGAUGCUCUAAAACUACCUCUUAUAGACAUUUUUAUGAGUGAAGUGGUAGAUGAGUGCUAGCUAUCAAGGGUGUAAAUAAGGAGAGUGCAAUUGGCAUAAAAGUUAGAAAACAGUUUAAUGGCAUCUUCAAUCAUACUCCAUUUUUUAUUCUAAACAUCAUUUUAGAGUAAAAUAUGUUUAACGUUAAAAUAGAGUAAUGGCUAGGAUUACUCUAUUUAUGGAGUAAUUCUACAUAUUAGAGCAUCUCCAAUGUACAACUCCAUUUUUCCUUCAAAAUGAAAUAUGAAGUAAAAAUACUUCAAUCCUACUUCAUUUUCUACUCUAUAAUGGAGUCAUAAACAAAAAAAUAUGGAGUAAAUCUCAUUAUAGAAUGUGAAGUGUAAUAGGGUUGGAGUACUAUUUACUUCAUACUUUCUUUUACUCUAUUUUGGAAGAAUAAAUUGUGUUGAGUUGGAUUGAAAUUUUUUUUUUUAUAGAAUGGUCCUUUGAACUUUUUUUAUUUCAUACUUAAAUAAUAUUCAAAAAAAAAAUAAUAUAAUUUUUCAUAAGAGAUUAUCUAAUAAUUUUAAAUAAAAGUUGCAUAAACUAAUAAAAAUACUAAAACUAAACAUUAAAAUAUAAAAUAAAAAUAUAACAUAAAAUAAGUAAUUUAAUAAUCUGGUAUACCAUUUUUGGAAUUGCCAUAAUCGGUGAAGCAUUGCCCAAACAAAAAAAAUGUUUGAUUUUAAAAUUUUCUUGCCCAGUUUAAGAAAAUCAUGGAUAAAGAAACUCAUUAUUCAUUCUGAAAUGCACUAGUUGAACAUUUGCGAGAGAAAAAUAUUCUAAUACUCAGUUAUUGAAGCAAAAUAUUUAUCUUAUGUAUAUUUUUAUGAUUUAUUGUAUUUUUAAUAAUAAAUAUUUAAUUUAAAUAAAUUACAUGUUGUGGAUGUUUAAUAAACAUAAGAUAUUUAGGGUUAAUUGGUAAGUUUUUGUAAAUAUAAAGUGUUAGUAAUAAUUAUUAAUUAACCAAAAAUAAUUUUUCUUAAAAUAUUCAUUUUUGGAGUGAAAAAUAAAGUAAUAUAUUGGAAUAAAAUCCUACUCUUUUUGGUGUUAUUGAGUAAAAUAUAGAGUAAUCGUUGGAGAUGCUCUAAAUCAACGACAUCGUCUUCUUCUUCACCAGCCUAAACUACUCACUACCAACAAAUUUCAAGAUGAUGUCCCCAAGUAAACUUAUCAGUGCUAAUGAUACACCAUAAUAAAACCAAAAGGGUAGAGGACAACUAAGGUCCACUUUUUCAUACCUAGCCCUGCACAUUCAUAGCACAAGCAGAACGUACCAAUAUGCUUACCACUCCUAGUAACAUCCAUAUGUAAGUUUAGCAUUUACGGCUCCAGCCACUUGUUUAUUUAGGCUUCAAAUGGUAACAGCAGAUUGAGCGGCACGAGACAAACGGUAUAAAUGCGGUGCGAUUCUAACAGUUAUAAAAUGUAUAAAUAUAUGAUAUAUAUAUAUAUAAAGAUUUUUGUUACUGUUAAUUUAAUUGUGAUGUGGUGCGGGGCAGAUUAAAACAUUUGAAACCUUAGGCUCCAAAUAGUAACAACAGAUUGAGCGGUGCGGGACAAGUGGUACAAUUGCGGUGUGGUAACAGUUAUAAAAAUAUAUAGAUAUAUGAUAUACAUAAAGAUUUUUGUUACUAGUUUGUGCGGGGAGGAUUAAACAUUCGAAGCCUUAAGGUCUAACUUUUUCAUGCCUAAUCCUGCACAUUCAUAGCACAAGCAGAACAUACCAAUAUGCUUACCACUCCUGCUAACAUCCAUACGGUGUGCAGCGAAACAUUCAAGGAGUACAGCAGUUGGAUUUAACUGUGAUGAGGAUGGUUCGCGUCUUUGCUCCUUACAGUUGUCUCGAACUUGUGGAGUGCAGGUUGGUUACUACGGGUCAGGGUGUUUGGACACCGUGUGCCAAACAGAUUGCUAUAUCAUUUACCAUCGUCGAGCUACGGACAUCCAUGGUUACUGUAAUAGUGUCAACUGCAUGUGUGAAUUUAAGAGUCCUGAAUGUUUUUAAGAGCACCAUUAAUGCAGUUUCUAACGUGGGUUUUUAAAGAAAAUGGGGUAUUUAAUUAAAUCAAAACAAAAAGAAAUUAGAGUAGUCGAUCCUUAAUUGGGUGUUUUUGUAACCGAUCGUAUAUGGGUUUCUGUAAACACGUGUCGGCAUAUGUGAUUUUUCCUUUUUUUUUUUUUUCUCUUCCUUUUCUUUUCUUUCCUUUCUCAUCUCUUCUCUUUGGUUUUCUCGUGAUCUCCGUCGGGAAGCUGAUUGAAUUUCUCAACGAAAGUAUCACCUCCGUUCAAUCGGCGUAUCCUCCGGUCAAUCGCCGUCAGGUCCAUCUGAUGCAAACUAAUUGACAUGUUUGAUUUUAGUAAAGUCUCUAUAUUUUGUUGUUUGUUCACGUAUAGUGAUCCCUGCCUUGCUCAUGAUUGGUUGAUAUGAAACAGUUUGAUCGUUUUGAUGCAUUUUGAUGAUAUGAGCUAGUUAGUUGUUUCUUCUAGUAUCACUGAUGUUCUGUUUUAUCUAGCUUGAUCGACUCAUUUGCAUGGGUUUAAUUUUUAAAUGUGAACUGUUCUGUUCCAUAAAAAACUCAAGUCUUUAAUUAUGAUGUGUUGUGUUGGCUUUGUAAGCUUGGUUUUGUUGUUGUUAGCAUACACAUUCUGCUUUGGGUUGUGUGUGUUGCGAUUGACACAUAGCUUUUCUUUGGGAGCAGCAUUCAGUUCUCCGACGUCUAGCAAGUAUAGCUUUGAGUUCUCAGGUGGUGGUGGAGGAGGGAAAGGAAGAAGAUUCGUGGAGGUUUUGGUUGGGUUCGUAGUCGAGAGAAACUAGUGUUUGGAUUAGUCGUCAGGAAAUUUCAGUUCUGAUAUUGAGGCAGUUUGUGUGUAGUUUUUUACUAAUCCUGAGGCUGAGAUUGAUCAAUGGAUAGAGCUUUGAAACUUGUAACUUUUUUUUUUGUUUCCACCACUCAUGUGUUUUUGUGGGGUUUUUUUAUAAGAAUUCUUAAUUAAGAGAGUAGCAUUGGAGCACUAAACUAAUUGUUUCAAAAAUGUUAUAUUUUAAUAUGUUUUAUUUUAUAAAUAAUUUUAUGUAACAAAAAAAGUUUAUAAUUUUUUUUAAGAACCUUUAAUUAAGAAACUACCAUUGGAAGUACAAAAUCGAACAGUUUCUUAACUAGAUUUCUUAACUCCACCAAAGUACACUUAUAUAUUUAAAUAUUCAUUAAGAAACACUAUAGAGUUUCUAUGGAUAAAGAUGCUCUAACACAAGAGCAAGUAAGGAUGUGUCAACAAAUAUUUAAAUACUGUAUUUAAAAAAAAAGAAGAAGAAAUAAACCAAAUAUGAAAAGUGAAUAGAGUUAA